GGCCAUGGGCGAGCUCGUCGAGAAAUUCAUGGGCUGGUUCCCCGGCGGUAGACAUGCUGUCCCAGGCGCCGCCUCCCUCUCCGCUGCUGUUGACUACGACGGCGAGGACCGCAUCAGCUCCCUCCCCGACGAACUCCUCCACUGCAUCGUCUCACGCCUCCCGGUCAAGGACGCCGCCCGAACCGCCGCCGUCGCCUCCCGCUGGCGCCACCUCUGGCGCUCCACCCCGCUCGCCCUCCGCGACGCCGACCUACUCCCCUCUGCGGUCGGCCGCAUCCUGGCAGACCACCCGGGGCCCUUCCGCGUCAUCGACAUCGCCCGCUGCAGCUUCGCAUCCCACAAGCGUGAGCUCGCAGAGUGGCUGCGCCUCCUCGCCUCCAAGGGCGUCGAGGACCUCGUCCUCCUCAACGACGUCGACGUCGGCGACCUCCAGCUCAACAACGACACCGUACGCCUCCCCACGGACAUCCUCCGCUGUGCCUCGCUCCAGCGCCUCUUCCUGGCAUUCUUCUCGUUUCCGGACACAAUAGCACUAGUACGACGGGAGUGCACUACCCAUGAAGAGGCUUCCAGCGAUUCCUUUCCGGACACCGGUGGUCUCUCCCAGGGAGCCUACGUCCUGCCCAACCUUCAGGAGCUCGGCAUGUUCACGACCGGCAUCAGCACCUGGGACCUCGACUACGUGCUCUCUUGCUGCCCGGUUCUGGAGAAGCUCGUCUUCGUACUCAACUCUAUGCCCGAUCCCGUCCGCAUCCGCAGCAGGAGCCUCCGGUGCGUGCUUCUCUGGAUGUCCGCCGUGGAAGAGGUCGCCGUGGUGGACGCCCCGCUCCUGGAGCGCCUCUUCUUGCUGGAAGCGCCUCGCUUAGGUGACGAGAGUAUUGUGACCAUCAAGAUUGCUUCUGCACCUAACCUGCGGGCGCUCGGCUACUUGGAGCCAAGGUUUCACCAGCUGCAGAUCGGCCGCAAUGUCAUCAAGCCUGCCACAAUGCCAAGCCCAAGCACAGUGCUUCCAGGUGUGAAGAUAUUGGCCUUCAAGGUUAAUUUUGGUGUCUUGAAGGAGAUCAAGAUGCUGGUGACCCUCCUCAGAUGCUUUCCCAACAUUGAGACACUGCACAUCGAGUCUUUAACUGAACCGACUGGAAGGAACCGUGCUAAGUUCUGGUGUGAGGUGUCUACUGUUGAAUGCAUCGAGUCGCACGUCAAGAAGAUGGUUAUCCAUGAAUAUAGAGGGGAGCAAUGUGAGCUUGAAUUCAUCAAGUUCAUUUCCAGGAGUGCGCAGGAGCUACAGACUCUGCAUGUUCUGCUAAACAGAGAGAGUCUUACUUCGGUGGCCAAGGCGACGGAGAUGACAAACAAAUUGGUCGCUCUCUCACGUGUACCAUGGAAGUGUGAGUGUAAGAUGAUGGUGCUAGGAGAAUCAUAUCAGAAUGAUUUGAUCAUCCAGAAAGCAUCUGAUCUUACUGUCGAUGACCCUUUUCACUGGUGAACUCGAGGGGCUGGCUAUAUAUUUGCAUGAUCCAGAGCCUUUUUUUUGGGAGAAUCAGUAUCUCGAAGCGUUGAAGCUAGCUGUACCGUGCUUCAUUCAGAAUGUACUGUUAUUUACCAUGUUCUCUAAUGCCCCUUAUGUUUGAUCGGAACUUCUAAUGUAGAAGACUUCAACUAGAGCAUGGGUAUCUUGGAGUGUUGAAGCUAGUUGUACUAUGCUUCAUUUCAGGAUGUUAUUUGCCAUGUUAUCUAAUCCCCCUACGUCUAAUCCUAAUGUAAAAGACCAGUA